CGUCAUAAAUGGCGGAAAUUAUUUGUUUCCGUUCGUUAUGUUAGUGUUAUGCUUGAAGUAAGAUUUGCGGUGCUACCAUGUGUGUGAGGUUCAAGUUUAGCGAGACUGUACGUGAGCGUAUCUCCAUCCUCACCGGAAUCCUGCAGCUAUUGCUGGCUUUGUUCGGCCUGACACUGAUUUGUUUCUCCAUCUAUAUGAAGGUUCGGAUUGAAAGCAAGAUGCUGUUGUUGGAGAGUUACAGUUCGGGCACGCUCCCGUAUUUUCUCAUUUCUGUCGGCUGUUUAAUGUUUGUCAUUCAUUCGUUCGGCGCCAAGAUAUCUUUCGACUGCAGUUCAGUGGAAACCCGUGGACGCUUCCGGAAUGUGUUUGUCUGUUUCUUUGUCACCCUCUGUGUUCUCAGCCUGAUUGUGAUGGCGGCAGGAUGCAUGUGCUUCGCUCACAUGGGUAUCAUCCAAGACUCUCUCCACCAAGGACUGUACACGGCACUGAAGAUGUACAAAAGCGACCAGGGGAUCAAAGAGGCGGUGGACAGACUACAGCUUGACUUCCGGUGUUGCGCCAGCAAAACUUACAGAGACUGGUUCCAUGUCAGCUGGAUCAGCAACAAAUACAUCAACACGGAACAUGAAGAUAUUAAAAAGAAUAUGCGAGACGGCGAGCUCAUCACGGACAGUGUCCCCUUCAGCUGUUGUAGCGUGAUGUCGCCUCGCCCGUGCAUACACAAUCACGUCAACGACAGCAAGGCCAACAACCACUAUAGUGACGUCACACUCUACAAAGACGGAUGCACGGGUGUCCUCGGGCGUUAUUUCUCCGACACAGUGCUGACGCCGGCGGCCAAUACAGUUUUUGUCGCAUUUGGUGUUGAGGUGUUGGUCAUCAUCCUGUUCCGGUACCUGCAGACCUCCAUCAUCAGUGCGUGGGAGGAGGGGGAUGAUGCGGGCCCGGGGGAUGCCUUCUGUAUGGAUGGCUGUUCCUUGCUGUGUUGUGAUGGAUCUGACCCCAACAGAUACCUCAGAAAACGGGACAGAGAUGCAGAGCUGGCUGAGGACUAUGACACGAGCGGCGAAGGUGGUGCAGGAGGCGCCGGGGGUGGUGCAGGAGGGGCCGGGGAAGGGGGAGGACCUGGAGCCGGUGGUGAGGAUGAUGGAGCGGGCUCGUCUGAGAAGAAGAAAAAAGACCAAAAAUCCAAAGGCAAAGAGAAGCAGAAAUCAGAUAAGAAUAAGGAUGGAAAAAAUAAAAAAAAGAGCAAAGACAGUCCUAAGAAAAAACCCAGCCCCAAAUCUGCCAAAAAAGGCGCAAAGAAAGCAAGCCCAAAGUCCAAAGGGGGUUUUAAGGGUAAAAUGGGAAGAAAGCGAAAAUAGAUGUUGAUCAAGAGAACCCGUUGCCAUCGUCAUUAAUCAUGCCAUUUGAGCACAUAUACCACCUGGGUCGACAUUGUCAUAACUGCAUGUUGAGCAUAUAUACCACCUUGGUCGACAUUGUUAUAACUGCAUGUUGAGCAUAUAUACCACCUGGGUCACCAUUGUCAUAACUGCAUGUUGAGCAUAUAUACCACCUGGGUCGACAUUGUCAUAACUGCAUGUUGAGCAUAUAUACCACCUGGGUCGAUAUUGUCAUAACUGCAUGUUGAGCAUAUAUACCACCUGGGUCACCAUUGUCAUGACUGCAUGUUGAGCAUAUAUACCACCUGGGUCGACAUUGUCAUAACUGCAUGUUGAGCAUAUAUACCACCUGGGUCGACAUUGUCAUAACUGCAUGUUAAGCAUAUAUACCACCUGGGUCACCAUUGUCAUGACUGCAUGUUGAGCAUAUAUACCACCUGGGUCGACAUUGUCAUAACUGCAUGUUGAGCAUAUAUACCACCUGGGUCAACAUUGUCAUAACUGCAUGUUGAGCAUAUAUACCACCUGGGUCGACAUUGUCAUAACUGCAUGUUGAGCAUUUAUACCACCUGUGUCGACAUUGUCAUAACUGCAUGUUGAGCAUAUAUACCACCUGGGUCACCAUUGUCAUAACUGCAUGUUGAGCAUUUAUAACACCUGGGUCGACAUUGUCAUCACUGCAUGUUGAGCAUAUAUACCACCGGGGUCACCAUUGUCAUAACUGCAUGUUGAGCAAAUAUACCACCUGGGUCGACAUUGUCAUAACUGCAUGUUGAGCAUAUAUACCACCUGGGUCACCAUUGUCAUCACUGCAGGUUGAGCAUAUAUACCACCUUGGUAACCAUUGUCAUAACUGCAUGUUGAGCAUAUAUACCACCUGUGUCGAGAUUGUCAUAACUGCAUGUUGAGCAUAUAUACCACCUGGGUCACCAUUGUCAUAACUGCAUGUUGAGCAUAUAUACCACCGGGGUCACCAUUGACAUAACUGCAUGUUGAGCAUAUAUACCACCUGGGUCGACAUUGUCAUAACUGCAUGUUGAGCAUAUAUACCACCUUGGUCACAAUUGUCAUGACUGCAUGUUGAGCAUAUAUACCACCUGGGUCGACAUUGUCAUAACUGCAUGUUGAGCAUAUAUACCACCUUGGUAACCAUUGUCAUAACUGCAUGUUGAGCAUAUAUACCACCGGGGUCACCAUUGACAUAACUGCAUGUUGAGCAUAUAUACCACCUGGGUCGACAUUGUCAUAACUGCAUGUUGAGCAUAUAUACCACCUGGGUCACCAUUGUCAUCACUGCAUGUUGAGCAUAUAUACCACCUUGGUAACCAUUGUCAUAACUGCAUGUUGAGCAUAUAUACCACCUGGGUCGACAUUGUCAUCACUGCAUGUUGAGCAUAUAUACCACCUGGGUCACCAUUGUCAUAACUGCAUGUUGAGCAUAUAUACCACCUGGGUCACCAUUGACAUAACUGCAUGUUGAGCAUAUAUACCACCUGGGUCGACAUUGUCAUGACUGCAUGUUGAGCAUAUAUACCACCUGGGUCACCAUUGUCAUAACUGCAUGUUGAGCAUAUAUACCACCUGGGUCGACAUUGUCAUCACUGCAUGUUGAGCAUAUAUACCACCUGGGUCACCAUUGUCAUAACUGCAUGUUGAGCAUAUAUACCACCUGGGUCACCAUUGACAUAACUGCAUGUUGAGCAUAUAUACCACAUGGGUCGACAUUGUCAUGACUGCAUGUUGAGCAUAUAUACCACCUGGGUCGACAUUGUCAUCACUGCAUGUUGAGCAAAUAUACACAACUCUUAAGUCACGGGGGGGGCACGGGUGGCCCAGUCGUCUAAGGCCCCGCGAUUCGCUGUGCAGAGUUGUGUCCCUUGGGCAUGCCAGAAACCUAUGAUUGUGGGUUCGAAUCCCGGUUCGCCCCA